AUGGACUUUGUGAGAAUAUCCUUGGUGAGUGCCAUACAACAUACCAUACCUACUGUCUCUCAUCCUCCUAUCAAGGAGAGGUACAGACCCUUACCACCUACUUCAUAUCAGACUGUAAAGGAAAUGAUCCAGGAGAUGAAAGACUCUAAUGUAAUCCGGGACAGCCGUAGUCCGUGGGCUGCACCCCUGGUCCUUGUAAAGAAGAAGGACGGUGGUAUCCAAUUCUGUGUGGAUUAUAGGAAAAUUAAUCAAAUAACCCACAAAGAUGCAUACCCACUGCCCCGCAUUGAGGAGUCCCUAACUGCUCUGGGCUCCUCUGCCUAUUUCUCCACAUUGGACUUGACCAGUGGCUACUGGCAAGUACCCAUGGCCCCUGCAGAUAGGGAAAAGACUGCUUUCACUACUCCCAUGGACCUGUUCGAAUUCAAUUGUAUGCCGUUCGGGCUAUGUAAUGCCCCAGGAACUUUCCAGAGACUAAUGGAACGGUGUUUGGCUCACAAAAACUUCGAAACAGUGCUGCUGUAUCUAGAUGAUGUCAUUGUGUACUCAAAAACAUAUGAAGACCAUCUGAAACAUUUGGCAGAAGUAUUUGAAAUCCUUAUCAAAUAUGGCUUGAAGGUAAAGCCAUCCAAGUGUCACCUGCUCAAACCUGCAGUAAGAUACCUGGGACAUGUAGUAAGCGGAGAGGGAGUGCAACCUGACCCUGAUAAGUUAGCAGCUGUCCGUAAUUGGCCGGUUCCUACUACCGUCAAAGAGGUGAGGAGUUUCCUUGGUUUUGCCGGUUACUAUAGACGUUUUAUCCCCCAUUUUGCUCAAAUAGCUGAUCCUAUCCAGGAACUCUUGAGGGGGCAACCCAAAAAGAGUCCUAGAACUCCUGUGCCCAUUGAGUGGAAUGAAGAAAGAGAGAUCGCGUUCCAAUUGCUAAAAAAGAAACUGACCGAGCCUCCUGUGUUAGGUUACCCAGAUUAUAGCAAGCCUUUCCAUCUUUAUACCGAUGCUAGCAAGCGAGGCCUGGGAGCUGUGUUAGCCCAAAUCCAAGAGGGAAAAGAGAGAGUGAUAGCAUAUGCAAGCCGCUCCCUGAAAGGAGCUGAGAAAAAUGACCAGAAUUAUAGUUCCUUCAAACUAGAGUUCCUGGCAUUAGUGUGGGCGGUGACAGAAAAAUUCAAGGAUUAUCUAGCAGCCACCCCGUUCAUUGCAUUCACUGACAAUAACCCUCUGGCACAUCUAAAUACAGCUAAAUUGGGGGCCUUGGAGCAGAGAUGGGCCUCUCGCCUUGCCAACUAUAAUUUCUCUGUAAAGUAUCGUGCUGGACGUACUAAUGAUAAUGCUGAUGCUUUAUUUGGGGUCCAAAAGACUGAGGCUACUAUCCGCCAGCGGUUUUACUGGGUGGGCAUGAGAGAAGACAUGGAGAAGUGGUGUCGAGAGUGUGUAGCCUGUGCCUUGAAACGAAGUGAGCACCAUGAUCAGAGGGCACCACUGAGACCCAUUGUAAGUACCCGUCCUCUUGAACUUGUCGCCAUCGACCAUGUAAAACUGGAGCCUAGUCGCUCAGGGUAUGCUUAUGCCAUGACUAUUAUUGACCAUUUCACUAAGUUUGUUGUAGCAGUGCCUGUGAGAGACCAGACAGCCAAGACUACAGCCGAAAUGUUCUGGAAGCACUUCCUCCUGCCCUAUGGAUGUCCAGAAAAGAUCCUCACCGACCAAGGACCUGCUUUUGAGUCUCAUCUGUUCCAUGAACUGUGCCGCUUACACAACUGUAAGAAGAUCCGGACAACGGCCUACCAUCCUCAAGGUAACGGAUUAUGUGAAAAAAUGAAUCAGACCUUGAUAGAGAUGCUGAGGGCCGUGCCUCCUGAGAACAGAGGAGAUUGGCCCAGUCUGUUGCCACAGCUCAUGUUCACAUACAAUCAUACCAUACAUUGUUCCACCGGGUAUACCCCUUUUUACUUGAUGUUUGGGCGACAGCAGUCAAAGGAGACCUUGAGAGACUUUGCCCUGUCCCUGCAGGAAGCCCUGCGGGCUGUUAUACAGAUUGAUCCCCGUGAAGCUGAGGGACAAGAUCAAACCCUCAGGGAACAGUUUAUUGAAGGUGUCCUUGACGAAUCCCUCAAACCUGAGAAUAUGGAGAGGAUGAGGAAACAGCUAGAGCGACUGGAACAUCAACCCAAGGUGGGGAAAGGGACUUCUGCAAACAGAGACCGCCCUACACCUGGUCCACAAGAAUAUCGGCACCAGCCAGUCGAAGAGCAUUUACAGCACUUGGCGGAAGCGUUCCAGACUUUGUCCCAACAUGGACUGAAAGUAAAACCUUCAAAGUGUCACUUACUGAAGCCCCAAGUAAAAUAUAUGGGACAUGUUGUGAGUGCAGAAGUGAGACUGGACCCCGACAAGAUAGCUGCAGUACAAAGCUGGCCGGCCCCCAAAACAGUCAAAGAGGUCAAGAGCUUCCUCGGAUUUGCAGGUUACUAUCGGAGAUUUAUCCCACACUUCGCUCAGAUUACGGAACCUAUCCAAGAGCUUGUGAAAGGUCACGCUAAAGGCUGUCAGAAUUCCAAAAUACCGGUGGAGUGGAAUGAAGAGAGAGAAGCUGCUUUCCGACUGUUGAAAGAAAAACUUACAGAACCUCCAGUCCUGGGUUACCCUGACUACAGCCUACCAUUUUGCCUCUAUACUGACGCAACUGAGAAAGGUUUGGGAGCUGUAGUAUCUCAGACACAAGCUGGAACUGAAAGAGUCAUCGCCUAUGCCAGCAGAUCUUUACAAGAGCCAGAGCGGAAUGAACAUAACUACAGCUCGUUCAAACUGGAGUUUCUAGCCUUGGUCUGGGCUGUAACUGAGAAAUUUAAGGACUACCUAGCUGCUACACCUUUCACGGUCUACACCGACAAUAAUCCGCUAGCUCACUUGAACACUGCGUGUCUGGGAGCUCUAGAUCAAAGAUGGGCCUCUAGACUGGCAAACUUCAACUUCACCAAGUAUCGGAUUGGAAAAUCGAAUGGCAAUGCCGACGCUUUGUCUUGGCUACCUGCCCAGAAAGAACCAAUUCCUACCGAUGAUCAUUGGGAAGAUGUGGAAAUGCCAAUAUUCUACUCCCGAUUUGCCCGGCAGGAGGCCCUACACACUAGGCGCCAGACCUCUAAAGUCACUUGUUUUCCACAGACCUGUGACCCCUCACCUCCAGUUGAGAAAGAGCUCUAG